AUGGGGAGGGGCGAUGCUGAGGAGGGCCAGCUGCCUGGAAGAGUGAAGCCUCCAGAUGGCGGCUGGGGCUGGAUUGUGUUGCUGGGUUGCUUCAUCAUCACCGGCUUUUCCUAUGCCUUUCCAAAGGCAGUGAGCAUCUAUUUCAAGGAGCUGAUGCAGCACUUCCGUGUGGGCUAUAGUGACACAGCUUGGAUCUCAUCCAUCAUGCUGGCUAUGCUGUAUGGAACAGGGCCCCUGAGCAGUAUUAUAGUGAACCAGUUUGGGUGCCGCCCUGUAAUGCUUGUUGGGGGGCUGCUGGCUUCCUCUGGAAUGAUUUUAGCCUCCUUCACCACCAACAUUAUGGAGCUGUACCUGACAGCUGGCAUGCUGACAGGUUUAGGUAUGGCUCUGAAUUUUCAGCCUUCUCUGAUCAUGCUAGGUGCCUACUUUGACAAGCGCAGACCUCUGGCCAAUGGGCUUGCUGCAGCUGGGAGUCCCGUCUUCCUUUCAGCCCUCUCUCCGCUGGGCCAAGUCUUGCUGGAGAAGUUUGGCUGGCGAGGGGGAUUCCUCAUCAUGGGAGGGCUCCUACUGAACUGCUGCACCUGCGGAGCAGUCAUGAGACCCCUGGAGAUGAAUAUGAAGAAGAAAGGAGAGAAGGCCCAGGACAAAUAUGAAGCCAAAGAAAUGCUGCCAAUGGGAAGAAGGGCAGAAGAGGCAGUCAGCACCACGGACAGCACCAAGAAGUCAAAGAAAGCCAAGAAGAAAAAGAAACCAAUGAAAGAGAAAAAGCUGCUAGAUUUUUCUGUCUUUAAAAACCGGGGCUUUGUCAUAUAUGCCAUUGCCAAGUUCAUCAUGGUCUUGGGUCUCUUUGUGCCCACCAUAUUGCUGGUAAACUAUGCCAAAGACGCAGGAGUGCCAGACACAGAGGCUGUUUUCCUCUUGUCUAUAAUUGGUUUCCUAGACAUCUUUGCACGUCCAUCCUGUGGGAUGCUUGCUGGGCUGAAGUGGGUACGGCCCCACAUAACCUACUUGUUCAGCAUUGCUAUGCUCUUCAAUGGCCUGACAAAUAUCUUCAGUGCCAGAGCCAGCAAUUAUACGUCUCUCGUCAUCUUCUGUGUUUUCUUUGGCAUCUCCUAUGGGAUGGUGGGGGCACUGCAGUUUGAAGUGCUCAUGGCCAUCAUUGGGUCACAGACGUUUUCCAGUGCCAUUGGGCUUGUGCUGCUAAUUGAGGCCUUUGCUGUGCUCAUUGGACCACCCUCUGCAGGACGAUUGGUGGAUGCACUCAAGAAAUAUGAGGUUAUCUUCUAUCUGGCUGGCUCAGAGGUUGUGUUGUCUGCUCUGUUCCUGGCUAUUGCUUCUUACUGCUGCCUGAGCAGGGAGAAAAAGAAGACCUCUCAACCAGAGAAUCCUCCUGCUGGUGGAGGUGGCAGUGAAACAGAGGAAGCAGAAUCAGACUCACCAGAAGUGGAGGACUACCCUGGCAACCAUAGCCACCUUUCCCACAGCAUUAACAAUGCUAGGGGUGAUGCAGUAAACCACAUUGCAGAGAACAGGAAUGCAGAUGGAGUUGAGCAGCCGGAGGGGGAGGAUGCAGCAUUGGCACUGAGUGGCUGCAGUGUUGACCAGGCAAUGAAAAGAGACUGUUUUUAA